GGGACUUCCACUGCUUAGCUUCGACCCCCCACUCGCCUUCAAGAGAACACCCAAAUCAUGGCCGUUGCCUCCGUAUUUGCUCAAUUUCUUUUUACACUUGAUGCUGAGGUUGACAAAAUUGCAAGAACCCCUUUCACUCAGUUCUAUGGGACGAACUACAAUACUUCAUCAAGCAUCGAGAAGAGUCAAAUCGGCAACAUUAUUGAAAAGAUAACUACGAUCGUCCAUGAGAUUGACUCUGUUGUAGAGCGACUAGCCGAACGGAAGGCCUCGCUUGAGUCUAUGAAGCGCGAACACUCCCGAUUUUGCUCGGUAAUGGGACGGGUACCAGGGGACGUCUUAUCCAUCAUCUUCGAGUACAGCAUCCCCUCCCAUACAAGAAGCAGAAGCGGUUUUUCCCAGUUCACUGCCUCGCUUUCCUUCAACGUCUCUGGCGUUUGCCAAUGGUGGCGGACUGUUGCACUCCGCAAUCCAAAAUUAUGGAACAAGAUCUAUCUCGAUGCGAGUAAGGUUGUACCGAACACAAGGUAUCCUCGUUUCACCGAACUAGCGUCAAGAUGCCGCUUACAUCCUACGCACUUAAUGGUCCACAAUGCAAAUCUUUCCUGGAUGUCAGGAACGGAGCACGGCGCGAUCCUCGAAGCGCUGAAGACUACGUGUCAGGGGUUGGAAUUACGCUUUUCGAAUAGAAAUGGCCUUCUCCCGCGUCAACUGGACGAAUGGCUUAGUCGACAGUUUCCCAACCUGGCGUCUUUAUCUCUGCUGUCGUGUCACCUCUCUCGUCAGGUCACGGCAAAUGGUCCGCCACUUUUAGCCUUUUCUCAGUUAUCCAACCUGCAUGUUCAUUUUGCUGAGCCGAAUAAGCUCCGAGAACAUGGUGUCCGCGCCAUCUAUUAUUUGCACCUACCCCAUCUGCAACGCCUAAUCGUUCAUACUAUCCAGACGUCCUUCCGAGUAACCGUCAAUAUAAGCCGGCUGGCCACUAGCUUUCCCGGUUUAGAAGAGCUUCGCAUUCACGUCCCACUCAUUAAACUUCAGAUAUCACGGACUGAACUUGCGGCGAUGUCUCAAGAUGCUUCACGCUUCUCUCAGCUAAAGGUGUUCUCCCUGAUAACAAGUGGUGGCAGCCACCACCUCCAUAUAUUCAAGAACCUGGUGCUCCCGUCGCUUUCGGAGCUCAAUUUCCCCUUGUACUUCGCUGAGAAAGAAGGCGAGGACCCGCAUACUAUAGAAGCACUUUUCGCUCGUUCGCAUUGCCCGUUGAAGCGGAUGAAUGUGAUAAACCGCCGCAGCGAAUCAGACAGACUCUGGGUCCACAGAUGGAUCGAACGCCUGCAGAGCACUUAUCCGCAGCUUCAGCUGGUCGACGAUCGUUCAUACGAGGAUAUCAAUGGAAUCAAGGCUGCGUGGUAUUCCUAACGUAU